AAAGCAGCUGCAGCCGUUCUGGGGCCCGAUGCCGUCCUGCGGCGGCGGCGGCGCGCUGGGAUACGUGGUGCCUCCCAUGGCCUACAGCUUCUUCACCACCGCCGGCUGCCAGCAGGACGGCUCCCUGGCCAGCGGCAGCGUCUCCAACAGCAUCAGUGAGCUGGCCGAGCAGUUCGGCGAUCUGUCCCUUGGUCUGGAGCGGAAGCCGAAGCUGCCACCAGAAACCUACCUCUGCCACCUCUGCUUCCAGAAGGGUCAUUAUAUCAAGGACUGCCCAGAGGCCAGGCCACGAGGGGAAGGCAUGACCCCCUACCAGGGCAAGAAGCGCUGCUUCGGCGAGUACAAGUGCAGCAAGUGCAAGCGCAAGUGGAUGUCAGGAAAUAGCUGGGCGAACAUGGCGCAGAUGUGCAAAAAGUGCCGCAUCUUCGUUUACCCGCAUAAGCAGCGCCCCCUGGAGAAGCCGGACGGCCUGGACGUGUCGGACCAGUCCAAGGUGCACCCGCAGGAGCUGUGUGAGAAGUGCAAGACGCUCGGCUACUACUGCCGACGUCUGCAGUGAGAGGGUCCCGCUUAGACGUGCACCCAGCACCCCUGUUCAGCAAAGGAUGCACCCCUCGCCGGCUAGUGAAGGGGUGAGCGCGACGUCCGCUGGCGCCCAGACCCCCUCGGUGCGCAAGAUGGCUCUGGACUGUCUCCGGACUGAGUGAAGAGAGCAACCGCGUCGUUCAACAGCAGCACCGGGCUCCCAACCCGGAGGGACGACGCCAAUGCGCCUCUCGUCGAAUAGCUGUGGAAACGCAUGGAUGUGAAGACGUCGGCUCUGCAUCGGCGUCAUCUCAGAGCCGGUAAUCAAAAGGCAGGCGAACAGCGGGACGAACUGUCAGCUUCAAAAGGCUGAGCGAACUGUCAGUUCAAAAGGCUGAGCAAACUGUCAGUUCAAAAGGCUGAGCAAACUGUCAGUUCAAAAGGCUGAGCGAACUGCCAGUUCAAAAGGCGGAGCGAACUGUCAGUUCAAAAGACUGAGCGAACUGCCAGUUCAAGGGGCUGAGCGAAUUGCCAGUUCAAAAGGCGGAGCGAACUGUCAGUUCAAAAGGCUGAGCGAACUGCCAGUUCAAAAGCCUGAGCGAACUGUCAGUUCAAAAGGCGGAGCGAACUGUCAGUUCAAAAGGCUGAGCGAACGGUCAGCCCAAAAGGCCUAGCGAACUGCCAGUUCAAAAGGUUGUGCGAACUGCCAGUUCAAAAGGCUGCACGAACUGUCAGUUCAAAAGGCUGCGCGAACUGUCAGUUCAAAAGGCUGCGCGAGCUGUCAGUUCAAAAGGCGGAGCGAACUGUCAGUUCAAAAGGCGGAGCGAACUGUCAGUUCAAAAAGCGGAGCGAACUGCCAGUUCAAAAGGCGGAGCGAACUGUCAGUUCAAAAGGCUUCAGCCGAAUGCAUCACACCCCGCGCAGAUCGUGCUGACUGUCAGAUGUUUUAAUUGCUUAUGGAGAUGAGAGCAUUGCCUGCAACUCUGGCCCUGCCGCUCGUCUGCUCUCCGUCGACAGGUGACGACGGAGGGCCUCCUGCGAAGGCGGCAGGGUCGGAGGGUGAGGGCUCUCUCAGCGCGGACUCCACUUGCCUGACUGGGGUCAGUCAGGUGACGUGUGCGGUCGGCUGACGCGGAACGCUCAGCUGUGUCGUGCUGUAGAACUCGGCGCUGACAUUUUACGGUCGGGAAAAGAUACCUUAAGAUUUAUUGCGAAUGUUCUAAGUUGUUGUAAAGCAGUUCGAAAAUGUCUUGUGAGCAUUCGGGUCAUGUGUUCCCAUCAUCAUUGCAAUGUCACAGGUCACAUGACAUCAUGACAUGGCAUGAACAUGACAUGGCAGCAAUGUCAAUAUUCGGCACGUCACGUGGGAUGAGCGCUCUUGUGAGACACGCCGGCAAAACUUCUCACUUCGGGAGGCUUCCAGGGAGCCCAAAAGGCUACCGGGCGCAUGCGAACGUCAUUACCGAAUGACGCUGAUGGGGUUUCGAAGUCACGCGGUCUGCUCCGGCAGAUGGGCUUGUUACGAGGCGAGACUGAGGCUCCUGCGAACCGUUGUUCAGAGCUGCCUUUUAGGAUCGAUGGCCGGUGCUCAGAGCUCCACAAAGCUCUCAGAAUGGCGAACCCUCAGAACGGCGAUCGCGGUGACGCUGGCCACGUGCUUGUGGCUGCCGAAACCGUCGGAACGAAACCGCCGAAACCACACCCCGUCGGAAACAAGCAACGCUUCAGUUUUAUCCCUGCUCCAUCAAGCAUAAGGGCCGCGAUGUUAAAACGCGUGGAACCUCAUGGUGCUCGGCAAGAGAGAACCGCUGACACGACUCGUGAUAUUCAAUUGCUCCGUCGUGACCCGCGUGCGGUGUAGCUGGCCAACGAAGUGCCUGACAUUUCUGCGUGUCGAACGUGCCAAAUGCGGUAGGAAGAGCGAAAGCAUCGUGAUGCGUUUCGCCGAAUGUGUGAUAGUUGUCACCCGUGUCAUCCGGGCCAUUGUCUCCCGUGUCACUCGGGCAUUUGUCACCAGUGUCACGCAGGUCAUUGUCACCCUUGUCUGUGCCUUGCCUUUAGCUGCGUGACGACGUACUUUUAGGGCAUGAGGUUUGCAUGCGCCCACUGUUGUACUUCCUCGAUAUGGUUUCUUCGCACACGUUUGGCGAGUCUUGAUCGUCUCCCACUGGGGCUUGGUUUCCGAGGACGAUCAAGGUUGUGGGUUUGCAAACUGAUGUCGUGGUGGAGCACUGGCUGCUAGUAUUCUGGUCUUUCCAGGUCAGUCUUUCACGGUUCAAAAUGUGUUUGCAGGGGUUUCCACACUUCUUGUAGUCGUUUUUUGUUCAUCCGAGUGUGGGCAAGCUUAAUCCAGAUCCUAAAUCCAGCAUGGUAUCGCUAAGCAGCCAUGAUGUAGGUUGCAGGACGUGCACGAGCUCAUUCGUGUUUUGGGCGUGUGGGUCACCACGAUUUGGCAAAAAGUUCCUGAAAUUAUGCUUACUUCUUCUAUCUGCUCAAAGUAUAAGCCUCCACGUCACUACCACUGCCCAGGUAUAUCGCUGACGUCACGCCUUCCGGUCCCACCGUCAAUGACCACCGCUGACGUCAUUCCCACCGUGAAUGACGAUUGGUUCGCUGGCCAGCGUGUUCCUACACCCUUCCCUACGGUUGUCGGCGUCCACCACUCUGGUAUAGGACGUAGCCAGCGGUGUGCUGGAGCAGAGGCGUACCCAGCGGUGGGGCAGGCGGAGCACGUUCCUCGACACGCCGCACGCCGGUUGGCGGGAGGAGGGCGGACCCUGGGACUGAUGCCAGCCCCCCUCCGUGACGACGGGAGCGUGCCCUUGCCGCAGAGUGCUUCCGGGUCAGCCGCCCCUCUGCGAGCACUGGAGAGACGACACUUUCCAAAGCGACGAUAACACCUGUUUGAUCUGUAUAUAAAAGUGUCACGACAAUGGCGCUAUAUGUAAAUAUCAGGUCCUUCAUAUCCGACUAACUCUGCUGGCGCUGCCCGUGGCCGCCGCCGUGUGUUGCUCGCUGCUUGUUAUUGUUCAGUUUGUUCUCGUUGCCCCCGAUCGGGGCCGUGUGAUGUUUUGAUGUGACAAGAAAGGCAAUACACACCGCCCGCUCUCCGGCAGGCAGCUGGUGA